CAAGUCAGAGUAGUCGGUCAAACCCCCUCAGCACCUCUGAUGCUUCCAUUUUACUCCAGCAAUUAAACCACUACAACUCUGAAAGAGUGCGGCAGCACAAAGUGCGGAGGGACUACUUUUUCCCUCCUGUUUUCCACUCUAAAUUUUAAAAGUCCAUUACCCCCUGCUGGCAGAUCGCGCGGGACGACCCACGCAGGACACCGGAGACAGACCUCCAAGGAAAACACCCGAGGUCGAGUGGCAGUGAAGGAAAAGUUGAAGAGACUCCACCCAGAAACAAGCCAGCGAACCGAGAGACAGCCGACGCUAUAAAAAUGAGUGGUUCCCACCCCCGGCUUCACCAGAGCGCCGCGCCCGCUCCUAACGCUCUCUCCACGGACAAGGACGCCGACAUGCCCGCCACGGAGAAAGACCUGGCCGAGGACGCGCCGUGGAAGAAAAUCCAGCAGAACACGUUCACCCGCUGGUGUAACGAGCAUCUGAAAUGCGUCAACAAGCGAAUAGGCAACUUGCAGACCGACCUCGGCGAUGGGCUGCGGCUCAUCGGGCUACUGGAGGUCCUCUCCCAGAAGAAGAUGUUACGAAAGUACAACCAGAGGCCCACCUUCCGCCAGAUGCAGCUGGAAAACGUGUCCGUGGCCCUGGAGUUCUUGGACAAGGAGAACAUCAAGCUGGUGUCCAUAGACUCCAAAGCCAUUGUUGAUGGAAAUCUGAAGCUCAUCCUGGGUCUGAUCUGGACCUUGAUCCUGCACUACUCCAUCUCCAUGCCGAUGUGGGAUGAGGAAGAGGAGGCAGAUGACGGCAAACAAAAGACCCCCAAGCAAAGGUUAUUGGGAUGGAUUCAGAACAAACUACCUGAGCUUCCCAUCACAAACUUCAACCGGGACUGGCAGACUGGCCGGGCUCUGGGGGCCCUGGUCGACAGCUGUGCUCCAGGUCUGUGUCCUGACUGGGACCAAUGGGAUCAGACGAAACCUGUGGAUAAUGCUCGUGAGGCCAUGCAACAAGCUGAUGACUGGCUUGGGAUACCACAGGUUAUAACCCCUGAGGAAAUUGUUGACCCCAAUGUGGAUGAGCAUUCAGUCAUGACUUACCUGUCCCAGUUCCCAAAGGGUAAACUUAAGCCUGGUGCACCACUCAGACCCAAACUCAACCCCAAGAAAGCACGUGCUUAUGGGCCAGGCAUUGAGCCGCUUGGUAAUGUCGUGAUGAAAAAGGCUGUGUUCACUGUGGAGACCAUCAGUGCAGGAAUGGGAGAAGUACUCGUUUAUGUCGAGGACCCUGCUGGACACAGAGAGGAGGCCAAAGUGACAGCCAACAACGAUAAGAAUCGCACCUACUCUGUCUUCUACAUCCCAAAAGUCACUGGCAUGCACAAGGUGACAGUGUUGUUUGCAGGUCAACACAUCUCCAAGAGCCCAUUUGAGGUGGAGAUUGGCAUGGCGCAGGGAGACUCCAGCAAGGCCACUGCUCAAGGCCCUGGCUUGGAGCCAUCGGGCAACAUUGCUAACAAGAGCACUUAUUUUGACGUAUACACAGCAGGUGCUGGUGUUGGUGAAGUGGAAGUAGUGAUUAUGGACCCGGCAGGGAAAAAGAACACUGUAACUUGCAACAUAGAGGACAAAGGCAACAGUAGCUACCGCUGCACCUACAAACCAACCCAGGAGGGCCAACAUAUCAUUUAUGUAACCUUUGCUGGUGGUCAGAUCAACAAAAGUCCUUUUACAGUGGAUAUUGGCGAAGCAUGCAACCCCAGCCUAUGCAAAGCAAAGGGUCGUGGUCUGCAGCCAAAGGGCUUAAGGGUAAAGGAGACUGCAGACUUCAAGGUUUACACCAAAGGAGCUGGCACUGGAGAGCUCAAAGUCACUAUCAAGGGACCCAAGGGCCUUGAAGAGCCUUGCAAGAGGAAAGAUUUGGGUGAUGGUGUGUACGAAUUUGAGUAUUACCCCACAACACCUGGCACAUAUAGCAUCACCAUCACCUGGGGAGGACAGCACAUACCUCGCAGUCCCAUUGAAGUUAAGAUUGGGCCUGAAGCUGGCCAACAGAAAGUGAGGGCUUGGGGUCCAGGCCUUGAGGGUGGCGUGGUUGGCAAAUCUGCUGACUUUGUUGUAGAGGCUGUCGGGGACAAUGUCGGCACUCUGGGUUUCUCAGUGGAAGGUCCAUCUCAGGCUAAAAUUGAAUGUGACGACAAAGGAGACGGUUCUUGUGAUGUACGCUACUGGCCCACAGAGCCUGGCGAGUAUGCGGUGCAUGUUCUCUGCAACAGUGAGGAUAUUCAACACUCACCAUUUAUGGCUGAGAUUGUCAACCCACCUGGCAAAGACUUUCACCCUGAUAAGGUUAAGGCAUAUGGCCCAGGUCUUCAAAGCAGUGGUUUGGCUGUUGGCAAACCCACAGAGUUUACGGUUGAUGCCAAGCAAGGUGGAAAAGCUCCACUGAAGAUUGUUGCUCAGGACGGGGAAGGCACUCCUCUGGAUGUGCACGUUAAAGACAAUGGAAAUGGCACAUACACCUGCAGUUACACUCCGCGCCGACCUUUAAAACACACAGUCAUGGUAUCAUGGGGAGGAGUCAACAUUCCUGACAGCCCUUUUAGGAUGAAUGUUGGGGCCGGCUGCCAUCCAAACAAAGUGAAGGUAUCAGGACCCGGAGUGGCCAAGACUGGUCUAAAGGCUUUUGAGCCAACAUAUUUUACAGUAGAUUGUGCUGAAGCUGGUCAAGGUGACAUCAGCAUUGGAAUCAAGUGCGCCCCUGGAGUUGUGGGUCCUGCAGAGGCAGACAUAGACUUUGACAUUAUCAGGAACGACAACGAUACAUUCACUGUCAAGUACACACCACCUGGAGCAGGCAGCUACACCAUCAUGGUUCUCUUUGCUGACCAAGCUAUUCCAAUGACACCAAUCCGGAUUAAAGUGGAUCCUGCACAUGAUGCCAGUAAAGUGAAAGCAGAAGGCCCAGGGCUCAGCCGCAGUGGUGUUGAAUUAAACAAGCCCACUCAUUUCACCGUGACCACUAAAGGAGCAGGAAAAGCUAACCUUGAUUGUAAUUUCGUCGGACCCAUCAAAGGAGAAGCCGUUAAGGACUUUGAAAUCAUUAACAACCAUGACAACACCCAAACUGUGAAAUACACACCUGUGCAACAGGGUCCUCUGGGGCUUGCAGUAACCUAUGGUGGUGAUCAUAUACCCAAGAGUCCCUUUAACGUUGCAGUGGCACCCUCACUGGACCUCAGCAAGAUCAAUGUCACAGGCCUGGGCGAUAAGAUGUCUGUAGGCAAGGACCAGGAGGUGAAUGUGAAGUCGAAGGGUGCUGGAGGUCAAGGCAAGGUGGCAGCCAAGGUGACUGGACCAUCAGGAAAGCCUGUUUCCUGCAAGGUGGAGCCAGGGCUGAGUCCAGAAACCAGUCAGGUGAAGUUCAUCCCAAGAGAAGCGGGGCCAUACCAGGUUGAACUGACUUAUGAUGGCGUCCAGAUCCCAGGAUCACCUUUCACUCCCGUUGCUUAUCCUGCCACAGACCCCUCUAAGGUGCGCUGUUCUGGUCCCGGAUUGGAGCGUGCCAAAGUUGGGGAAACUGGAGAGUUCAUUGUGGACUGUUCCAAUGCUGGCCCAGCUGAACUGACCAUAGAGAUCAUUUCUGAUGGCGGUACAGAGGCUGAAGUUCAUAUCCAGGACAAUGGGGAUGGCACGUACACCAUCACCUACAUUCCUCUCUACCCUGGUUCGUACACCCUGACUAUCCGCUAUGGUGGCCAGGAUGUGCCCAACUUCCCAGCUCAGCUCACUGUGGAGCCAGCCAUCGAUGCCAGUGGAAUCCGUGUGUUUGGACCAGGAGUGGAAGGCAAAGGCAUUUUCCGUGAAGCCACUACAGAUUUCACAGUAGACGCUCGAGCUCUUACGCUGUCCGGAGGUGACCACAUCAAAACUCUUAUCAGCAACCCAUCAGGCAGCCGUACUGACAGCCUGAUAACAGAUCUUGGGGAUGGAACCUAUAACGUAGAGUACACUCCCUACGAGGAAGGCCCACACAGUGUGGAGGUCUGCUACGAUGGCACACCAGUACCGAAAAGUCCGUUCCGUGUUGCAGUCACUGAAGGUUGUGAUCCAGGCAGAGUACGCGUGCAUGGUCCUGGCCUGAAAUCCGGCACUACCAACAAGCCCAAUAAGUUCACAGUGGAGACGAGGGGAGCCGGCACUGGGGGUCUUGGAUUGGCGAUGGAAGGUCCAUCCGAGGCCAAAAUGUCUUGCACUGAUAACAAAGACGGAAGUUGCAGUGUUGAGUAUAUCCCCUACGAACCAGGCACAUACAACCUCAAUGUAACCUAUGGAGGACAACCUAUCAACGGAAGUCCUUUUUCAGUGCCAGUAAGUGACACAGUGGACAGUUCAAAAGUGAAAUGCCAAGGACCAGGCCUUGGCACCAACGUCAGGGCCAAUAUUCCCCAGGUCUUUACAGUGGAUGCUACAAAAGCUGGAGUGGCCCCACUACAAGUUCGUGUGCAGGGACCUAAAGGUGUUGUGGAGCCUGCAGAAAUUGUGGCCAAUGGUGACCAAACUCACACGGUCAGCUAUGUUCCAACAAGAGAGGGUCCAUAUUCAAUUAACGUCUUAUAUGCUGAUGAAGAGAUUCCACGCAGCCCUUAUAAGGUUAAGGUGCUUCCUACACACGAUGCCAGUAAAGUGCGUGCUAGUGGGCCCGGUCUGAACACCACAGGGGUGCCUGCCUCUCUGCCUGUGGAGUUUACUAUUGAUGCUAAGGAUGCAGGGGAGGGACUGCUGGCAGUGCAAAUCACUGUGAGUGUCUUGCCAUGCAAAAGAAGUGUUCUUCACUUAAAGUGGAAUCACCAUUUAAUGAGUAACUAUGCGCAGGACCCAGAAGGAAAGCCAAAGAAGGCCAACAUUCGCGACAACCACGAUGGAACAUACUUGGUGUCGUAUGUUCCUGACAUGACUGGAAGAUAUACCAUCUUGAUCAAGUACGGAGGAGACGAGAUUCCAUAUUCACCGUAUCGCAUCCGAGCCCUACCCACAGGAGAUGCCAGCAAAUGCACUGUCACAGUCUCAAUUGGAGGUCACGGUUUAGGCGCUGGUGUUGGCCCAACCAUUCAGAUUGGGGAACAGACUGUCAUCACUGUGGACGCUAAGGCAGCGGGGAAAGGCAAAGUUACCUGCAGUGUGUGCACACCCGAGGGUGCGGAGUUGGAUGUCGACGUGGUUGAAAAUGAGGAUGGUACAUUCGACAUCUUUUACACGGCGCCGCAGCCUGGUGAAUAUGUCAUCUGCGUACGUUUUGGAGGAGAGCACAUUCCUAAUAGUCCAUUCCAAGUCACGGCACUGGAAGGAGCUCCAUCGGACCAGCUCAUGCAGCAGUGCCAAAUGCCCCAGUACUACUCUCAACAGCCCUGGGCAACAGACAGACCAAUGGGAAUGAAUGGUCUAGAUGUGACAGGGUUGAGGCCUUUUGACCUGGUUAUCCCGUUCACCAUUCAGAAGGGGGAGAUUACAGGUGAGGUCCGAAUGCCAUCCGGCAAGGUUGCCAAGCCUGAUAUCACAGACAACAAGGAUGGCACUGUUACCGUUAAGUAUGCACCAAUUGAAGCUGGGCUGCAUGAGAUGGAUAUAAAAUAUGACGGAAUUCACAUCCCCGGAAGUCCCCUGCAGUUUUAUGUGGACUACAUGAACAGUGGAAAUGUCAGCGCCUAUGGUCCUGGCUUAAUCCAUGGAACGGUCAACAAACCUGCUGUCUUCACUGUCAACACAAAAGAUGCUGGAGAGGGUGGUCUGUCUCUCGCCAUUGAGGGUCCUUCAAAAGCAGACAUUAGCUGCGUAGACAACCAGGAUGGAACAUGUAGUGUGUCCUACUUGCCUGUUCUGCCGGGAGACUACAGCAUCCUGGUCAAAUACAAUGACAAGCACAUUCCUGGCAGCCCUUUUUCAGCUAGGAUUACUGGGGAUGACUCGAUGAGGAUGUCUCAUCUGAAGGUGGGAUCGGCCGCUGACAUUCCUUUGGACAUCGGAGAUUUCGAUCUCAGCCAACUGACAGCCUCACUCACCACACCCUCUGGCCGUGAGGAACCCUGCCUCCUAAAGAAGCUACGGAAUGGCCAUGUUGGAAUCUCCUUUGUUCCAAAAGAGAUUGGAGAACAUCUGGUGAACAUCAAGAAAAAUGGUCGCCACAUUCCCAGCAGCCCCAUCUCUGUUAUGAUCAACCAGUCUGAGAUUGGAGAUGCCAGCCGCGUUCGUGUUAGUGGCUUGGGGUUGAGUGAAGGCAAGACUUUUGAGCCUGCCGAAUUCAUCAUUGACACUCGUGAUGCAGGUUAUGGUGGCUUGAGCCUGUCCAUCGAAGGACCCAGCAAAGUGGACAUUAACACAGAGGACCAAGAAGAUGGUACAUGCAAGGUCACAUACUGCCCCACUGAACCUGGGAAUUACAUCAUCAACAUCAAGUUUGCUGAUCAACACGUUCCAGGGAGUGCAUUCACAGUGAAGGUUACGGGCGAGGGCAGGAUGAAGGAGAGCAUCACGAGGAAAAAGAGAGCUGCAUCUGUAGCUAAUGUUGGUAGCCAGUGUGACCUUAGCCUCAAGAUUCCAGAGAUCAGCAUAGCAGACAUGGCAGCUCAGGUGACCAGCCCCUCUGGUCAGGUUCACCAAGCAGACAUUAUGGAGGGGGAGAACAACACCUACUGCAUACGUUUUGUCCCCACCGAGACUGGUGUGCACACAGUGUGUGUAAAAUACAAUGGAAUGCAUGUGCCCGGCAGUCCCUUCCAGUUUACAGUGGGUCCUCUUGGAGAGGGAGGGGCACAUAAGGUCCGUGCUGGUGGGCCGGGCCUGGAGAGAGCAGAAGCUGGAGUGCCAGCUGAAUUUAGCAUCUGGACGAGGGAGGCCGGAGCUGGAGGGCUCAGCAUUGCUGUGGAGGGGCCGAGCAAGGCUGAAAUCGCCUUUGAAGACCGCAAAGAUGGCUCUAGUGGAGUUUCUUAUAUUGUGCAGGAGCCAGGAGACUAUGAGGUAUCGAUCCGUUUCAAUGAUGAGCACAUCCCUGACAGCCCCUUCAUCGUUCCGGUGGCCUCCCCCUCGGAUGAUGCACGACGCCUCACUGUUGCCAGCCUUCAGGAGUCUGGCUUGAAGGUGAACCAGCCGGCGUCAUUUGCAGUUAGCCUUAAUGGAGCAAAGGGUGUGAUUGAUGCAAAGGUUCACAGCCCUUCAGGAGCCCUGGAAGAGUGUUGCGUUACAGAGAUUGACCAAGAUAAGUACGCAGUCCGGUUCAUCCCAAGAGAAAAUGGCCUCUAUCUAAUCGAUGUCAAGUUCAAUGGAAGUCACAUCCCUGGUAGUCCAUUUAAGAUCCGGGUUGGCGAGACUGGCCAGGCGGGAGACCCUGGCAUGGUAUCUGCCUAUGGACCAGGAUUGGAAAGAGGAUGCACAGGAACAGCAUGUGAAUUUGUGGUCAACACGAGCAAUGCUGGCCCUGGGGCUUUGGCUGUGACCAUUGAUGGUCCCUCCAAAGUGAAGAUGGACUGUGUGGAGUGUUCAGAAGGCUACAAGGUCACAUACACCCCAAUGGCACCUGGCAGUUAUCUCAUAUCCAUUAAGUAUGGUGGACCCUACCACAUUGUGGGAAGCCCAUUCAAGGCGAAGAUCACUGGUUCCAAGCUUGUGUCAAGCCACAGUUUGCAUGAAACCAGCUCUGUCAUGGUUGACCCGGUGACUCGCGCCCUCAGCUCUACUCAGCAAGGUGCUCCUAUCCAAUCAGAUGCCAGUAAGGUGGUGGCUAAAGGCCUAGGCCUUAACAAGGGUUUUGUUGGUCAGAAAAACAGCUUCAGUGUCGACUGCAGCAAAGCAGGUCGGAACAUGCUGUUGGUUGGGGUGGAUGGCCCCAAAGUUCCCUGUGAGGAAAUCGUGGUAAAACAUUUGGGCAACCGCCUCUAUAAUGUCAGCUACCAGCUCAAAGAGAAGGGAGAAUACAUCCUGGUGGUCAAAUGGGGGGAUGAGCACAUUCCAGGCAGUCCCUUCCAUAUCAUUGUCUAAAAAAAAAGAAAAUGCAAAAUCCACUUGCACCAUCAUCAGCAACUUCUCUUACCACUGUUGUAAUUGUUUACAGCUCAACGUCCCAUCCACGUUAUACAUUUGAUUUCAGUAUAGCCAAACCUUUUUAGAAUACCACUCGUUUCCCAAAGAUGCAAAUAUUCCUCUGUUUUCAGAUGUACGUAAAAUCCAUGUUCUCACAUUUAUAAGAAAUAGGUCACGGGAAGGAGAAUAAGGCACCUUUUAUUGAUUGUAAACUAACAGUUGAGCUUCAUGAUAUUUCUCCCAUUUAAACACUCGGGCAUAUUGUAGUGAGCUUUGGUAGAUUGCCCUUUCUUUUUCGGUGCGUAAUGCCUCUCACGGAGUUUGUCCCCAAAUGGAAAUUUAUAUUUUACAUGGGCAAUAGAGCCAAAGAGUGCAAAUGUGCCUUCUUUGUCUGAUUGUUAAAUGACUCUGCUUAAUUGCUCAUAUAACAUGUAAUUUGCUCAUAAUAAGCACGGGUGGGUUUUGUUGUUGUUAGUAAUUGGGGGGAAAAUGCCCUGUCCACUCAAUGUUAUACAUUUUUUUCCCCUUUGAAAACACCUGUUUUACCUGCUGAUAUUGUGAACCAGUUUUAGGCACUGCUGUCCUUAAAAUUGUUAAGCACGUUAGAGUAGGAAUCUUAACUAAAUAUUAAAUCAUUGCAUUUGGUAAACGGUUAACACUUUAACCCAAAGCUAGUCUUCACAUGCUCACCACAGCACUGCUUUUUUUUUUCUUGAGGGAGGGGGGUAUCAUCGUGUCAUGUGAAUUUCUCUCUAAAACACAUUCAGAUUUCUGGAUAACUCCAGCCUUUUAAAAAGGGAAGCAUUAUAGAAAUGUGCUGGACAAAGAUGUUGUUCUUAAUCACAUCUUUUCAAGACGGUGACCAAAAAAAGAACACAAUUGCUUUUUCUUUUCAGUGUUUCUCAGAUUUUGAGCUUCCUCCAGUGUUUUUUCUUACAGCAAUUGCUCAACAAAAACCUGAAUAAAAAUGCUUUUUAAAUGUGUUUGUAAGACAGUAUUUUGAUACACAAUAAAGUUGUUUAGUAUUUUUCUGGC